AAGAGCCUGCCAGGAUGAACUUUGCCUCCCCAUUCCCCUCCUCACAGGGAGCCUCAGCUUGUAAUCAUUAAUGAGCUGCAAUGGAGCAGUGACUGCCCAGCCUGGGUAUUGCCCGGAGCUGCUCCAGGAAACCAGAAACUGCUGAAAAUGUCCAGCAGGUAUCACAAAGCAGCAGCUGAUGGCAACGUGGACCUGCUGAAGGAGGCCACUAGGAAAGACCUCAACUCUUCAGAUGAAGAUGGGAUGACCCCCACCCUUCUGGCAGCCUACCACGGGUACCUGGAGGCUCUGGAAGUCAUCUGCAGGAGGGGGGGGGAUCCAGACAAGUGUGACAUCUGGGGGAACACGCCCCUGCACCACGCUGCCUGCAAUGGCCACAUCCACUGUGUCUCCUUCCUGAUCACCUUUGGGGCCAACAUCUUUGCCCUGGACAACGACCUGCGCACGCCCCUGGAGGCAGCGGCCAGCAGGGACCGCAAGGAGUGCGUCCAGAUCCUGGACAAAGCUGCCACCGAGCAGAACCUGCUGAACCCUAAGAAGGUCUCCAAGCAAAAGGCACAGGCCCAGAGGAACGUGGAGAGACAAAUCAAGGAAUGUGAGAAGCGCCAGGAGAAACACCAGCAUGAAAUGAACCGGAACUAUAUCAAAGGAAAGGUUGGCACGGUGAAUUCUUCCAGAGGAACUCACUCCAGGGUAAAGUUGCCUGGUCUGUUUUCUUCAAAUACCACAAGCACUUUAACCAAAAACCUGAAAGAUUCCAUGAAACUCAAGACAAAAAAGACAGCUGACAGCACAAGAAGGCAGGAAACACAAAGAGAUGGACAAGAGGAUGACAUGCGUAGGAAAAGUGUGAUGCAUUUGUUUGAUGAGAAAGAGGAGGAUGAAUUACUGAAUGACCUUGAUGAGAAAAACCUCGCUGGUAACGACAGCCAGCUCUCCAUUUUUCAGCGGCCAGGUCUUGGCAAGAUUGUGUUUGGAAGGAAUUUGGCUGCAGAGGUAAAUCCUGAAGCUGUGUCUUCUGAGAAAGAAGGCAUAAGAGUUACAAUGGCCAGUGAGCUCUUUCAGAAUGAAAACGCUGAGAAUGGCAGGGAAGAUGAUGCUGAAAACAGUGCUGAUGUCCCUUGGAAUGAGGAAGUCAUUUGGGAUGAUGAGGAAACAGAGAAUACACCCCUUGAGGUAUUUCUGGCAUCACAGAUGCUGGAUGAGUUUCUUCCAGUCUUCAUGAGGGAAAAAAUUGAUUUAGAUGCCCUGAUGCUAUGUUCUGAUGAAGAUCUACAGAGCAUUCAGAUGGAGCUUGGGCCAAGAAAGAAAGUCCUGAAUGCUGUGAAUAAAAGAAAACAGGCACUUGAGAACCCUGGAAAAACUGUAGAUACUUGCUUAUAAAUUAUCAUGCCUGUUGUAACCUACCCACUGAUUGAUUACCCUUCCCUCUCUCCAAAGGGUGGGCAACUCUUCUCAGAAGUCUGCUAAAGCAAAAGGGAGAGAGGUUACCAAUUGCUUUAGGAAGUACAGCAGGGAUAACAAUUUUUGUCUCUGGGAAGGUGGUUGUGAUGAACAGGAUAUUAAGUAAAGUAUAUUCUGCCAAAAAGCAAGACUGUUAAGGUAAAAACCCAAAAGCUUUUUCUCAUGAAACUUUUUAUGUGGAUUGGAUUUCUUUUGGUCCAGAUAAUUUCAAGUAAGAGUGAAGGCCAGGCCCACUGCAUUCCUUAAUAAAGGCCUUCCUUUCUUCUCCAAAACCACAAUGAAAAGAACAUUCUCAGAACUUGAGAGCUUUGAGUUUUCUCCAUUUGUUUCUGGAAGAUCAGUAAAACCACUUUUCCUGGUACUGGUGGUACAUUAGAAAAGAAUCUGAAUCUUGAUUUUAGCUAUGGUUUACUGACUCUAAUCACUUCUGAAUUAAUGUAAAUAAGAAUAAUUUACAGCAAAUUUCCUAUUUUUGUCACUAAAGUUUUUACUUCUGUAUUGACAAUAAUUUUAAAAUACAUGAAGUAUCUUCUCAAGAAAUGUUCAGUGUGAGUUGGAUAUUCCUUUUUUGUCUCAUUAGGCAGGAUCCAACUGCCAGCACCCAUCAUGUCCUAAAUGUCAUCAAGGCUGCAAUACUUUUAACUACAAGAAGCUGAGAUUUAAUUUUCAAAAUUUUGGAUCUAUUUUGGUAUAGCCCCAGCUUGGUUCCUAUAGGCUGCAUUUUCCAUGCAAAGUCCCAGAAAUGAGGACUCAUAUCACACACCAUUUUCUGUGGGUUGUUAGCCUGAGAGCUGUGCAUCACACACAGCUCAUGAAAAUAAAAAAAGAAAAUGAGCUGUGCUGCUGUGGAAGCUCCUGCUCUUCACAGUUUAUCUGGAGGCAUCAACAGCAGGGUUCCCCUGUUCACUAUCAGAUACCAAUUAAUCACUCUUAUUAAGUUUUGUGAAUUUAAUAAAGUGCUUAUUGUAGCCAUGCUGUGGCUAAAAUCACAGAUUUUAGAUCCACAUUUAUUUGCAGAACAUUUAUCUUUAAAGCUCUUUUUAUGGCUUUCCAUUAGCCAGCUAUGGUUUUUUCCUUAGGGGUAUGCUGCAUUUGUGGAGGCUAAUCCUGGUUAAUGAUCUGGUUUUUUCAUAUUUCUUUUUUCCAUAUCAUCUUGGGACUGUGAUUUGUAUAUUAUAAUAUCUUUUCUUGGAUGGACUUUAUACUGCAUUCUUCCCUGUUUGGAUUCCUGUACACAGCAGGUUGAUAUAUUCUUAUAUUAUGCAAUCACAUCAAAGUCCUGUUCUGUGCAACCUUCCAUGAUUGCUGUGCUCAGCAAUCAAAAAAAAAAAAAACAC